AUGCCACCGACGCUGUCCCCCUCGCACGCACACCACUACGCCACUCAAUAUAUUCCGCGCACUCCCCAUGACGAGACUUACCAAAUCCCAGCCAGCCUCAGCUUCUUGAAUGGAUCGUCCCAGCUGGCGGAUCACGAGUUCGUCUUGUCAGCCCCGCCAGUGCCGUCCAACUUUGAUUCCGCAGGAGCGUACCUUGCCAAUCAGGCCAGCUCCUAUGCUUAUUCGGACAGCGAGACAACAGCUUGGAACGAUCCACGUUCCGCGGGCGUCGGCACUAGCGAUAGAAUUUUCUCCUGGAAUACCCAGAUCCAGUCGAAUCUGCAUAAAGCCUCUGUGACUUCACCUCCGUCUUCAUCAGAAAUCCCUCUUUUCAGCGCGAUGGCAAUCCCACUCAGAAGUCGCCCUAGGUCACCCUCCGUCCCGAGCGUCCCCGCUGCACUGCCCAGACGACCGCUGCCUCUCCCUCCAGCAGCAUUUGUGGCGCCAGCAGGGUCGACGUCGACCGCUGUGCACGACACGAGGUAUACUGGAGGAAUUCCGCAACAGGAUUCCCCAGCGCAGACUGCUCUCCCGCGCCCAGAGGCUAGGCAGACUGAAUCCGCCUGCAGUCAUAACUCAGGCUCAAGCGGCAAAGUGAAGGAGAAAAAGCACGGCUGCUGGAUGUGCCACAAGACCUUUGACAGGCCCAGCACUCUUCGCAAGCACCUCCUGGUCCACACGGGCGAGAAAGCACACGCCUGCAACAUCUGUGGUCGUCGCUUCGGCGUGUUAUCCAACCUCAACCGGCACGUCCGCCGCUGCGCCCAGAAGCCAGUGAAUAAGGGAUCCUCCUCGGGUUCCGCGUCUGAUCCACACUCGCCCGCCGCUGACAUCACUGCGGACAGCGCCUCGGGCACGACUGCGCCAGCGCAAUCGGUGCCACCGAGUGUUUCAGCACCACGGCAUCGUAUAUAUACCUCCGCGGAGCGGUCCACGGCUUCUGCAGAGACUACCCCACAACCUACCUCUCGCAAGAGAGAUUCCAGUAGAAGCACCAGCCAAGUCGACCCAUUGUCCAUGGCCAUCGAGAGCCGAACCAAGAGGCGCAGACGCGCUCCGUCGCCCUCCCGCUGGAUACCUCCCUCUCUCAGCAAUUUCAACCUCAGUCAUUAUCCGAAGUCGUUGCCGGUGCCGUUGCCGCCUGUGGCCGAGGGAUUCUACAAUGGUGUCUGGGAGGAGAGGAAUUCGUACGACGAGAACACCGAUGCAGCGCCCUACCAUCCGAAGGGAUGGUCCGGCAAGUUGCCCGGUCCCGGCUUGGUUGGGAAGGACGUCUCCAAUACUAGUGCCCUGGGUAAGGUCUUGGUAUUCUGA